AUGACCUCUGUGCUCGGCCACCUCCUCAGCCAUGAGUUUGAGCCGCGAUACAAGAGCUGGACUUCAUGCGACCCAUCUGCGCUUUUUGACGCCCCCAUCGAGGUGUUCGUUAGUAGCGACAGCCAGCCUGUCGCGGACAACAUCAAGCGACACGCUCGCCGGGCCGACGUGCUCUUUAUCUGGACCGACUGCGACCGCGAAGGCGAGCACAUAGGCACCGAGAUUCGGUCGGUGGCAGCACAAAGCAACCAGGCUCUAGGUCGUGCUGGCGGCACUGUAAGAGCACGUUUCUCCAACAUCGAAAGAACGCAUAUCAUCCACGCCGCUCACCGUCCUGUCAAUCUCGACGAAGCGCAAGCCGACGCAGUGGCUUCACGUAUCGAGCUUGAUCUUCGUGUGGGCGCAAGCUUCACCCGGCACCUCACUCUUAGCCUUCGCCCUAUACUCCAGCGAGGCAAUCUGUCAGAAGCCUCUCAGUUAAUCAGCUACGGGAGCUGUCAGUUUCCUACGCUUGGCUUCGUCGUCGAGCGCUACUGGCGCGUCCGGAAUUUUAUCCCGGAACCAUUCUGGAGCAUCAAACUGAUGCAUCAAAAGGCUGGAACAUGGGUGAACUUUAGUUGGGCUCGCAAUCAUCUCUUCGACAGAAGGACUGCUGUUAUUCUCUAUGAGCGGUGUCUCGCUUCGCAGAAUGCUCAGGUCCAAAAGGUUAAGACCUCGCCAGCGAGCAAGUGGAAACCCUUACCGUUGACUACUCUAGAGCUUCAGAAGUGCGGUAGCAGAUUCUUGGGAAUGGACAGUCAAAAGGUUCUGCAGCUUGCAGAAAAGCUAUACCAAAAAGGCUGGAUUAGCUAUCCUCGUACCGAGACAGAUCAGUUCGAUCAGGGUAUGGACCUUCGUGGCCUCGUCCAGAAGCAGACGCAGGGUGGCCGCUGGGCUGAUUAUGCAACGGCGCUUGUCGGAGGAGGCUUUUCGUGGCCCCAUAACGGACAUAAUAAUGAUAAGGCCCACCCGCCUAUCCACCCGGUCAAUUUCAGCAAGCAGCGUGUUCAUGAGUUCGUCGUCCGGCGCUUCCUGGCCUGCUGCAGCAAAGACGCCCAGGGGUCAAAGACCGACAUUAGUGUUCUCUAUGGACCAGAAACAUUCCAUGCAUCUGGCCUUGUAAUAUUAGAGCGUAACUAUCUCGAUGUCUACAUUUACGAUCGGUGGAGCAACCAAGAACUUCCCCCGUUCAUCGAAGGCGAGGUCUUCGAGCCGACCGAAGCCAUGCUCAGUGAAGGCAAGACGUCAUCACCUGGAUAUCUAACGGAACCAGACCUGCUUGCACUAAUGAACGCGAAUGGUAUCGGCACCGAUGCCACCAUGGCUGACCAUAUUGUCACAAUUAUAGACCGACAAUACGUCGAAGCUAGAGCUCAGCCAAGGCAGGCGCGGCAUGGAAAUGACGAAGAAGAAGAGUCUGAGGAGUUGCCAGCCCAAGCGAGAGGCGGGAAUGGUCGUAGAGGAAGAACCGCAAUAGCUUCUCGCCGUGGCGGCAGGAAUAGCGGUGCUGGCCGCGGCAGCACUAUCACAGGUGUUCGGGAGUUCAUACCCACGACGCUGGGCGUCGCUUUGGUUGAGGGUCACGAGAAUAUGGGCUUCGAGACUGAUUUGAUGAAACCGUUUUUACGCAAAGAGGUAAGAUUAUGUUCUUGA